AUGGAGGAGAUGUGCCGAGAUUGUGCUGAGCCUGAAUUCAGUGGGAAGCUUACGUUCCCAGUCUCUCUAAAGCAGCCUGGGCCUCAUGAUGGAAUGAUUCAGUGUUUCAUAAAGCGAGAUAAAUCAAAGUCCACAUAUCAUCUCUACUUGUGCCUGAGCACUGCUGUACUUAUGGAGAAUGGCAAGUUCCUCUUAUCAGCUAAAAGGAACCGCAAAACAACCUGCACGGAGUAUAUUAUCUCGAUGGAUGCUGACAACAUAUCAAGAUCUUGCAGCACAUAUAUUGGAAAGCUGAGCCCCCCUUAUAGUGGGGCUGUAGUCCCUCAUGCUGGCCGGACAAGCCGAAGAUUCAACUCCAAGAAGGUCUCCCCUAAGGUGCCAACUGGUAGCUACAACAUAGCUCAGGUGACAUACGAGCUAAAUGUUCUUGGCACGAGAGGCCCUAGGCGGAUGCACUGCGUCAUGCACUCCAUACCUGCCUUCGCAGUUGAGCCCGGUGGCAUAGUCCCUGGACAGCCUGAGCAGAUUCUGCCCCGGGCAUUAGAGGAGUCCUUUCGCAGCACCACCUCCUUCUCCAAGUCAUCCAUCAUGGACCGGUCCAUGGACUUCAGCAGCGCCCGCUUUUCUGACAUUGCCGGAGGCGCCAUAGCUGGCGACGAAGAGGGACAGAACAAGGAGAGGCCGCUCGUGCUCCGCAACAAGGCCCCGAGAUGGCACGAACAGCUGCAGUGCUGGUGCCUCAACUUCCGUGGCCGUGUAACCAUCGCCUCGGUGAAGAAUUUCCAGCUGAUCGCCGCGCCAAGCCAGGCCCCUACCCCUGCCGCCGCUGGGGCUCCAACCCCAUCACAGCCUGCUCCGCAAGACCAAAAUAAGAUCAUUCUCCAGUUCGGUAAGGUGGCGAAGGAUAUGUUCACGAUGGACUACCGCUACCCGCUCUCGGCCUUCCAGGCUUUCGCCAUCUGUUUGAGUAGCUUCGACACCAAAUUGGCCUGCGAGUAA